AUGCUGUCCCUCGACGACCAGGACGCCAAGCCGCCGCUGGAUGGGAACAACGCCAACAAUGACCAGUCUCGGGAGCUGUCGUCCAUCUUUCCGCUACCGCCGAUGCGUUACAUCAAACUGUACACUGAUCAGAACCUGAAGAACAAGUGCACCCCACCUCCGCCGAAGCCCUUUCCCAACAAUGGCAACUUUCUCAUGUUCGGCCAGACGAUUGCCAACGACACCAUCAUUCGGUCUCUCGAGUCGCAGGGCCUCAGGCGGCUGUACCCGCGCGAGUACGACCACAAGAAGGAGCUCAAAAAGAUUAACGCGUCCAUUCUGGUGAACUUUCUCGAUCUGAUUGACGUCCUCAUUCGGUGUCCUGAUACGCCGAAGCGGGAGGAAAAGUGCAACGAUAUACAGUUGUGCUUCAUUACCAUGCACCACCUGAUCAAUGAGCUCAGGCCACACCAGGCACGUGAGUCAAUACGUGUGGCACUGCAGUUCCAGAAGAAGCAGCGAAUGGAGACGACCAACCGGCUAAAUAAGCACAUUGAGCGAGUGCAGGAGAUGGUGAAGAGCGCCUGUGACUCCAUAUCAGACCGCAACAUCGACACCAUCAUCCAGGAGACGCUGCCGGAGAACUUUCAACGGCCUCGAAAGAAGAAGAGCACUACCACUACCACCUCCUCCUCCGCCACCGGCACAUUAUUCUCAUCAAACGGCGGCUCUACUUUCCACUCCAGCGACAGCAGCUCAGAGGAUUUUAAUGAGCCGGCAAACCUCACUGAGCGUGUCACCAGAAAUCUCCAACAGGACGCCAUCAUGUGCGACCUGGUGGAUGAGAUUUUUUGA